CAGGAUCCGAGAUCCGUUAUCCGAUUAGAUUUUCAUUUUUUUUCUCUUCAGACAAAACCCUAAAAUACUCUGAAGAAACUGUCUGAAACUCAUUUGAUUUCUAAGUGAUCCUCCUCUGUACAAGAACCAAACAAAAUGAGCGCGCAGAUUGUACUGUGUGAUGGCUUUGAGGUGGUUUCUCCGCCGGAGAUGAACGACCUAAUCCUCUUCGGAAGCGACCAAUCUAGUGGCUCAAACUGCGGCGAAUCAACGGUCACCACCGAAGAAGACGGCACUGUUUUCUCCGGAGAUAGCUCACCGGGAGGCGCAGCUGAAGAUGAAUGGCCUGAAGCUAAGCCUUUCUCCUUCUACUUCGUUAAGAGACCAGCUUAUGAUGAUCCCCAGAUCAAAGCCAAGAUCAAUGAAGCUGAUUCACAGAUCUAUCACUGUAAUAAACUCCGGAUUGAUAUCUCAAAAGCUCAGAAAUCCGAAAGGGCUGAGAUUUCGUCUCUGUAUGCUCAAAUGGAGAGUUUGGGUCCAAAAUCAGAAGGAUAUAAAAUGGUUUUCGAAGAGAUGAAGAAGGAGUUUGAUACUCUACAUGAAGCUCUACGGAAUCAACGGUGCUCUAGCAGUAGCCAGCUUAGCUUUUCAAAGGAGGAACUCAAUCAUCUUAUCUACAUAGCACAUUACGUUAUUGAACAUGGAAACAUUGGUUUGGAGGAAGAACAUUGGGUGCUUAAAGAAACCGAGAAGCCUAGUGAGAUAGUAUUAAGUGAGGAUUCUCUUGUAGAGAAAGAAGCUUUCAUACAACGUCUCAAGUUAAUGGCUGUGGAAAUGAACGAAGUGAAGAAAGAGCUUGAAGCCAUUACAUGGAACAUUAACUUCUUGAGUGACAAACUAAGACAGAUUCAGAACAAGAUCAUGAUGUUGGACGUAGAAAUGGCACACAUACUUGAGCUAAGAGACAGAUCAUAUGAAAGGAUUAAGAUGUUGAGGAUACAACGAGACAAAGGGAAUGCUGCGUGUUUCCAGAGCCUUGCUGUUAUGAGGAAAGCUAAAGAACUAGCUGCCUCUGGAAAUGUUAGAGAUCUUGAAGUGCUCUCUAGCUCCGAGGUUGAUAGAUUCAUGACUAGUUGGAACAAUGACAAGGCUUAUAGAGAUGAUUACGUAAAAAGAAUCUCACCAUCACUCUACGAAAGACAGCUGAGCUUAGAUGGUCGGAUUAGAGAUCAAGAAGGUGAAGCUCCGGUUGUUCAAGAAAAGCAAGCUCUAGGGAAGAAUAGAGAGGAAGGUAUGGUGGUAAUGCACAAGAGGAACAGAGAAGAGUCCAGCUCCAACUCGUCUCAAGAUGAAAAUGUAGUCACCACUAAACAAAAGAAAGAAGUGAGGAAGACGGUGAUAGACUUCAACAGGUCAAGUGAUGAGGAGAGUGUAGUUAUAGAUUUGGAGUUCCCGGUGUAUGAGAAUCCGAAAAAAGAAGCAAAAGAGGUUGAUGAAGAGACUUUGAAGGAGAGGAAACGAGAAGAGCAGAUAGAGAAAGCUAGGUUAGCUAUGGAAAGGAAGAAGAAGCUACAAGAGAAAGCUGCUGCCAAAGCUGCUUUAAGAGUUCAAAAGGAAGCUGAAAAGAAACUCAAGGAGUGUGAGAAGAAAGCUAAGAAGAAAGCUGCAGCAAACUCUUCUUUUGAAGUAGACCAAUCACAAGAAGUAACCAAUGAGCUGGAGAAGGUCAAGACUUCAGCAGUUCAUAGGUCGUUGUUUCGAAAGCAGAAAAGUUUCAGGUACAAACACCGUGGGAGAGGAACAGAAGCUCUCCCUAAAGCCAUCCUAAACCGUAGAAGGGCACAUCAAUACUGGGUUUGGGGAGUUUCAUCUGCUGCACUUGCUCUCGCUCUCUCCGUUGGCGUUUUACUUUUAAGGUGAAUUGAAGGAAGGAAAGACACACUAAAAGGGCAUUCACUUUAUCUGGUUGGAGAGGAGGAGCUGCUUCAUAGACUUUCAAAGUUAUCUU